UACAGAAUCACUCUCAAGAUGACGUCAUCGCAACCAAUGUAGUAAAGUGAUGCAAUGAAUUUUGAACUGGAUCACUGAAUUGCCUGUCUGUGCCCUUUGUUUUCUCUUGAAUUUUGUAGAAACAAGCGUCAGAUGAUUAUGAAACAGAUGAUAUCCUCCAGAAAAUGGCAAAGAAGAACGAAGAGAUUCAACGGAAAUUCGAUAUCGCUCAACGAGAUCGUGCCGCUGCUGCUGCCGUGGGUGCCUCAUUCAGUUCUUCCCCACGUAGCACGCAGACCUCCAGACCCAACGUUUCUUACGGCGCUGGGUGUGCUCAAAGUCAAAGCAAGCCCGGAAUAAUGUCCCCGCCAUCCAUUCAAACGUUUGGUAUGUCCUGUGGACAAAUCCAGUCUGCCGGGAGCGCUUGUGGUCCUCUUUCACCAAACGGACGAGCCAGGAUACGACCACUGUCUUCCCACAUGGCUGUCGUUGGUAAUGUCGGAGCAUCAACUGGGUCACAGGCAUCAAGUCAAACUUCUACCAUAUCCUCGAGACAACUCCAGUCUGCGGGGAAUGCUGUUUGUCGUCUCCAGCCGAAAGGGCGCGGAAGAGUCCGAGCACAGUCUCCAAACAUGGCUGGUGCUGGAAAUGUUGGAGCCUCAACAGGGCCGCAUACAACCGGAUAUGGACGAAUGACGUUGACUCCCACCGAACAACCUGAAUCCAAGCAGAAGGAGCGUGGCGUUUCGGGUGUGAGAGAUUUGUUGUCGAAGAGCGCGUCAGCCAAGUCACACGUACCGCUGAAUCCAAAUGCAGCGUCAUUUGUUCCUCGCGUACUGAGAGCACCAGACCCACCUACGAAACAAGCGUCAGAUGGUAAUGUUGGAGCAUCAACUGGGUCACAGCCACCAAGUCUAACCUCUACCAUAUCCUCGAGACAACUCCAGUCUGCGGGGAAUGCUCGUUGUCGUCUCCCGCCAAAAGGACGCGGAAGAGGCCGAGCACAGCCUCCAAACAUGGCUGGUGUUGGAAAAGUUGGAGCAUCAACAGGGCCGCAUACUACGACAUAUGGACGAAUGACGUUGACUCCCACCGAACAACCUGAAUCCAAGAAGAAGAUGAGGGAUAGUGAUAGUGAUUCGUUGCUGACUGCGUCGUUUCCAUCGAGUAAGUCACCGUCCCUCCAUGCACGAAAGAAGCCUGAAUCCAAACGCUUUGCAGGGCUUCAGGGUGCGCUACUCGGCCUUGUAACUGAGGUACACGCGAAGAACGAAACCUUGAAAAUGGAUCAGUCCACACUGUUUUCUGGACAUGUGCAAGUGGUGAGUACGCCGAACAAGACUCCCAACGAACAUCCGGGGCCAAAUCAAAGGUGAAGUACAGAUGUGUCCGGCCAGCCUGAAUCAGUAUGAUACGCUAAGCAGUGAUGUUAUAAUUUCUCGCUGGCCGAGCGGAGCGAGUGAGGCUAGAAAUGAUUUCUCGCGCAGCAAAAUUCGUUUUCUUGCGAAUAUGGAAUCUGAUGUUUUCUCUUUUUGUUGCUGUUCUUUUUGCCUGACUCCUUCAGUCAGUGUUUUGUGUCUCACCAGUGUCUCCACCCUCCACCCUUCAUGUCUGCCCAUCUUCUUCCAUUUCUUUAUCGGCUGUAGAUAUGUUGUGCCUAAUUUUAUGCUGCCAUGUUGCCACUUGGGGUUAUGCACCCGGUUUUUUCCCUCAUUCGUACGUCCGUCGGCGCGAGGGUUUUUUCCCGGCUGGCUCGGUCCAGAGAAAUUAAUCUGACGGUCCCAAGUGGUGCUUGUCCUGGCUUAUUUAUGUUAGUAGAAUGUACUCAUUCUUUCCUCCUGAGGGCUCUCCACCUGUUGCUGCUCCUAGUUUUCUUCUGCAUUCCGGUUCACAUCUGGCUACG